GUCAACAUGGGCCAGCAUCCCUGUGGAACACCCUGUGGAUACCUUCUUAAUGUUUUGUACACAUAUGUUCUAUCUACCCAUAUCAAGAUAUAAACAACACACAUAAUUAUGGAGUCCACAUAUGAACUUGGGACCGCAAGCUCAUAAAAUAGAUGGUAAUCACAGUGGAGCUUUUGGUUCUGUAAAGGCAAGACAGAAACGAAGCUUGACGUUUAUUGUCAUGAAUCUUGCCCUGGAGGCAGAACUGAACGCAUUCUGACAGCUGCAAAGUACAAAUUGGAUAAGUGGGUUCGCCAAUUAAUAUUUUCUUUUUUUUUAAUGGAGAAAAAUAUUCAGAGUACAGAUUAUUGUAUGGCACAAUAUACACACGUUUUUGAGAAAGAUAAUUAGAAAAAUUUAAUAUUAUUGAGGAAAUGUAUUUAUUGGUUUCUUUCAUUUUGAUAAGUGUUGAAAAUGUAAUGAAUGGAAGGUUAUUUGUUGAUGUGAAAAUUGGGGUGGGGUCACAAUAAAUUAUUGUAAAAAAUGUCAUCCCCAGAAAUUCUGGUGGAAAAAAAUGGUGUCCUCGAUGAAAUAGUUUGAAUAAGACUGCAUUCGGGUUAUCGGUUAGGUUAAAAAUCCAAAUGUAUGAUAUAGCUGUUACAGCUAUAGUGACCACUGCAGAGCUGCCUCCAGGGCAAGAUUCGUGACAAUAAAUGCCAACCUUCGACAGAAACACUGUAAUAACUGAGUUGACUGGGGGAGGGUGAUAUGAAGAUGUGGGUUAGUCAUUGUCAGUAAUCCUCAAUUACAAACAACAUUAACUGAAAACAUAUUUGAAGCCAGGUAUCCUAUGCAUUCAGCUGAAUUCGCUCAUUUAAUUCUGUCUCUGUACACUUGUAUAAGGAGGAAAAUGAAAGUUCUACCUUGGUUGUAUAAUAUGUGUCUAAUCACACGGUCUCCCAAAAUUUUCAGUAAAGUAUACAAACAAAGGAGACCCGUAUCCCCUUGUUAAUAUCAAAGGCCUACAUCACCUAAUUCAAGGAGGAGUCGUGCCCCUCAAACAUUAUCCAGAAAAAAAUACGAAUAUUAUUUUUUCUCCCAAUGAUCUGAACGCAAGCUGGAAUUUUCCUCUUCCUGAAAAUGCGGAAGGUGUGAGUAGAAGUCAAGAUCAGAGAGGGACACAGAGCGUUACUAAGGCGUAUUCUUUCUCUCUCUUUUUGGCAAGGCAUGGACUUUCACUUAACACAGGACUUCUACUAUGAUCUAUGAAAUAUUAUUAAACUAACAUUUGCUUAUAGUGAGCAUAGGCGCCUCACUGUAAAGUUACGCUUCUUGUGAACUAUUUGCGGGAAAAGGAUCAUAUUCAUAUAGACUCGUUUUGUAGGCUACAGUAUAGGCUUUGCGCCAAGAUGUGGUGGACUCCUUUGAUUGGAAACUUUGCUAUUCAGGUGGCUGCUGCAGGAACACCAGUCCUGUUCCAGUUCCCCUUUCUGGGCCCUUCUCCCAUGCAGGAGACCCACAUGGGCUAAGAAGGUCUGGGUCGGGACCACAGCAACAGCCUGACCAGUCAUUUCCUGCUACUCACAGGUCCGGAGACUGCAGAGAGCCAAGAUGCACGGCUGCCGGAAGAAAACCAGGGUGCUGUGUGUGAUGAUGAUGCUCAACGUCUUCGUCUUCAUCCUCGUGGGCGUGUCUCGGAACCUGGGCCAGGACAAGGUGGACCAGCGGAAGCUGCGCAUUCCCUCCAAGAGGUUCUGGAAGAAGCAGAUGACCAGCGAGAUCUUUUGGAAUAAGGAGCAGCAGAGGCUGGACUACAUCUACAACCCCAUCCUCAUGUCGGGUUUGACCAAUGACUCCCUCCUGGAGCUACCUGAUUGGCUCAACGACACCAGGUCCCCGGACCCCUGCCAACCGGACUACAGCGUCACCACCCAGGUGAAGGACUACAACUCCCUGCCACCCCGCUUCCAGGACUUCCUGCUGCACAUGCGCUGCCGCUCGUAUCCGAUGAUCAUGGACCAGCCACGCAUGUGCGAGAGCAAACCCUACCUCCUGUUGGCUGUCAAGUCCCUGGCGCCUCACUUCGACCGGCGGCAGGCCAUCCGGGAGUCGUGGGGGCGGGUGGGCGUUCUGGCCAAUCGGACUGUAGCCACGGUCUUCCUCCUUGGCAAUGCCUCGGCAGCCGACCACUUCCCCAACCUGUUUGGGAUGCUCAGUCACGAGGCCAGACUUUAUGGGGACCUCCUCCAGUGGGACUACCGAGACUCCUUCUUCAACCUCACCCUCAAAGAGGUGCUAUUCCUGGACUGGUUCAGCAAGCGUUGCCCCGACGCCCGCUUUGUCUUCAAAGGGGAUGAUGACGUCUUCGUCAACACCUGGAGGAUCUUAGACUUCCUCCACAAUCUUCCAGAGAUCAGGGCCAGGGAUCUGUUCAUAGGGGACGUAAUCACCAACGCCGGCCCGCACCGGGACAAGAAGCUCAAGUACUUCAUUCCAGAGAGUGUAUUUAUGGGGCCAUACCCGCCUUACGCCGGGGGAGGAGGGUUCCUGUACUCUGGGGAACUGGCACUGCAGUUGCACAACAUCUCCCAGCAGGUGGCGCUGUAUCCUAUUGAUGAUGUCUACACAGGGAUGUGUCUCCAGAAGCUGGGCUUGGUCCCGGAGAAGCACAAGGGCUUCAGGACGUUUGACAUUGACGAGAAAUACAGGGGCAACCCGUGCGCGUAUAAGAGCUUAAUGCUCGUGCACAGCAGGACGCCGCAGGAGAUGAUCAAAAUCUGGGCCUGGCUCAGCGAUCCGGAAUUGGACUGUCAGUGAGACAUCUACAUCAUCCCAUAUUACACUCUAUUCCCUACACAGGGCACUAUUUUUGACCAGAGACCUAUGCACCCUGGUCAAAAGUAGUGUACUAUAUAAGGAAUAGGGAUGCCAUUUGGCAUGCAUCCAAUGGGUCUUUUGAGACAUUUUUUGAUGUGUUCUAAGCGAAAUCCUCGAGGUUCGGUAGGAAUGUUGCGUUCACGUGCUAGUCUGACUUGCUAACUAGUUGUAGUUGUCACGUGCCGCGUUCAACCAGUUAACAAGUCGAGCAUUUUUGAGUUUCCUAGUUCCGACAAGCACGUCACAAGUCAGUGUGUUCCGGCUUCAAUAGAAUCAGCUGAUAUAUCCCAAGCAUUCCAAAGUAUUUUUUACAUGAACAACCAUUCAUGUACACUUUCCAAGACAGUGUUCGGCAAAUGUAGUAUCAUUAAUAUAAAUGUACUACUACUGUAUGUACUAUACAGGCACUACUGCAUGCGAGGUCCUUCAUUUGCAAGAAAUGUGAUUUGUCACAAUAACAGUCGUGAAAAUCACUUAUGAUUUGGGGGGGGGGGGGGGUCCAUAUUACUUUUAAUAGUGACAAGACAGUUCUCUACUUGUGGAAAAUGGCAAGUGGUGUGUGAAUGUCAUGCUUAACCUGUUUUUCCAGACUGUUACGCCAAUACACAGGGUGGUGUAUUGCUGUAAGUUCUCUCAAUGGAUCUGACAUUCCUUUGCACUUGAUUCUAGAAACAAACUAUUUAUGUUAUUUGAAAGAUGGCUGGUUUAUUAUAACCCUUAAAGCUGGAAUCCGUAGCGGUGAAUCUACCACGUCCGUUUGUGCGAUAUUACAACAACAAAGAAGUUACUUAAAACAACAAACGCUGUCUUUUUCCCUUCAUAUUGAACGUCAUUACACACGCGAUAGGACAGCAGAGUACACUGAGGGUACAAAACAUUAAGGACACCUUCCUAAUAUCGAGUUGGACCACCUUUUGCCCUCAGAACAGCCUCAAUUUGUCAGGGCGUGGACUCUACAUGGUGUCGUAAGCGUUCCACAGGGA